AUGUCGUCUCCAGUUAUCCCAAAAACCCAAAAAGCAAUUAUUUUUGAAUCUAACGGAGGUCCACUAGAGUACAAAGAUAUCCCAGUUCCAACCCCAAAGUCUAACGAAAUUUUGGUCAACAUCAAAUAUUCUGGUGUCUGUCACACAGACUUACAUGCCUGGAAGGGUGACUGGCCCUUAGAUACCAAAUUACCAUUGGUUGGAGGUCACGAAGGUGCUGGUAUUGUCGUCGCUAUUGGUGACAAUGUCAAGGGCUGGAAAAUUGGUGAUUAUGCUGGUGUAAAAUGGUUGAAUGGCUCUUGUAUGGCAUGCGAAUACUGUGAAUUGGGGAACGAAUCAAAUUGUCCAAAUGCUGAUUUGUCAGGUUACACUCACGAUGGUUCUUUCCAACAAUAUGCUACAGCUGAUGCUGUUCAGGCUGCUAGAAUUCCAGCCGGAACAAACUUGUCAGAAGUAGCUCCAAUCCUAUGUGCUGGUAUGACAGUCUACAAGGCUUUGAAAUCUGCUAAUUUGAGGGCUGGAGAAUGGGUUGCCAUUUCUGGUGCUUGUGGUGGGUUAGGUUCUUUAUGUAUCCAAUAUGCAAACGCUAUGGGUUAUAGAGUAUUAGGUAUCGAUGGUGGUGAUGAUAAGGCCAAACUAUUCAAGCAACUACAUGGUGAAGUCUUCAUUGAUUUUACGAAGACUAAGGAUGUCAUUUCUGAAGUUAACAAGGUUACUAAUGGUGGUGCUCAUGGUGUCAUCAAUGUGUCUGUUUCUGAAGCGGCAAUUGAAGCCUCCACCAAAUACUGUAGAGCUAACGGUACUGUUGUCUUAGUUGGUUUGCCUGGUGGUGCCAAGUGUAAAUCUGAUGUCUUUAAUCAAGUUGUUAAGUCUAUGACAAUUGUUGGCUCUUACGUUGGAAAUAGAGCUGAUACAAGAGAAGCUUUGGACUUCUUCACUAGAGGUUUGGUUAAGGCUCCAAUCCAUGUGGCUCCCUUGUCCACCUUACCAACAAUAUUUGAAAAAAUGGAAAAGGGUCAAAUUGUUGGUAGAUAUGUUGUUGAUACAUCUAGAUAG